AUGGAGGACAAACUGGAGAGCGACCUGCUGACAGUGUUCGCGCGGAGCGUGUCGAGCAACUUUGAUGACAUAAAGCAGAGCGAAGCCAAGAUCACGGCGCUGUAUGAGGACCCCAACCGGGAGAACUAUAUCCGGUUGCUCCUCAAGUUUGUCAUGUACCCCUACGAUGAGAAAAACGAAAAAAAAAACAUGUACGAUGGAGUGCUAAACAGGAACGUAAAAAUAGCAGUCAUGAUAAGUAUAAAAAAUUUUAUAAAGAAAAGUGUCCACAGUAAUCUGGAGAAUUUAGAACUCAGCCCCGACUUGAGCAUACAGAUCAAGCACUUCUGCAUGCACUUCCUCCUCGACGUGAACAAUGAAGACAUACAAAGUCUCGACAAAUAUUUUUAUGAAAUUUUAUUGUACUUGUUCAAGUUUAGCAUCUGCGACGAUUAUGAUUAUCUCUUGUUUUAUUUGAUCACCCUGUAUAUUAGUGAUGGAGGAGCAGAGAGUGUCGUACAAUUCCUACACAGCGAUGAGAGGAAGAAGGUGGACGACACAGCCAAGAUCAUCGACUGUAUCAUGCUUUACGUAAGGAAUAAGGAAAUCGUGGAGGGACUAACGCAGGACAAUUUCUUCAUUCAUUAUCCCAAGUUUAUAGCCAAUCUCGAGGAAAUUAAAAAUGUUAUAUGUUGUCGAAAUAAGUCACUUAACGAUGAUAUUGUGAACUACAUCAACAAUACGAAGAGAGUGUACAAGACAAAUGACAGGCAUAGUUUAUUUUUGCUUAGUGAUUGCAUCCUAUAUGGGUUGCCUGGAGCUGGAGUGGCUAGUCUCUCAAACAUGGUUAGUGUAGUUAAUGUGGUUAGCGCGGUUAGUGUAGACAAUGCUGUUAACGGCGUUGGCGGAGGGGUGGGAAGUGCUCAGUUCGAUUUCCCUGGAAAAGGUACCAUCGCUAACGACUACAAUGGGAAUGUGAAGCUCGUUCCACUCGCCACGGCUAUGACACACUCCUCCCGUCAUCACAUAAACACUACCAUUCUCAGAAAAAAAUUCAUCGCUAUGAAAAUAAUCAGAAAAAUUGUAAAGAAAUACAAAAACAAUGACUACGUAUCCAAGUAUGAUUUAAAAAUAAUCCUUACUCACAUUGAAUUUCCAUUGACCCUUUACUUUGUCUACCUGUAUGGGAAGUUUUCUGAAAGUAGUGGCUACCUUGCGGAGAAGUUAAAUGUCGCAGGGGGAGGUCCAAACGCGUUGCUUUCAGGAGCAUCAGGACAAAUCAAACCCAGCGAAGUGUACCUACAGAUAAGUAACUGCUUUCUUGCGAUGAACUACCUCCUACAAAAUAUGCACGUGUAUUUAAAAAUAUUCUAUGCCAUCAUCGGGGUGGAUCUACCUGAAUAUUUUGAGGAUAACUUUGAAGUCCUCUUCAACAUUUUUAAUAAUAUGCUUCUCUACGAUGUUGGUCUAGUGGGUAAUUUCGUUCGCUAUAUGGAGGUACUGUACAAUAUGGGCGGCACUUCCGCCUCUGCAUCACAAAGCCACGCUGGGGAAUUCUCCCCCCCACAGAUGAACCUGCAUGAACUCUCCAAACUGAAUGCCCAAUUUCUGCAAAACGUUUUAAAGUGCAAAGUGAUGUUGGUAGAUGUGAUUAAAAUCAUUUCAGAAACGUAUCAAGAUGAAUCGAAAAAGUACAUCGUGAAGUUAGUCUUCUCCCUGACUCAGGUUCUUUACGCUGAAGGGGAUAGGAACUUACUGUGCCACAAUUACAAUUGCCUUGCAUCUACCAUCAAGCUAAUUCAUCACAUGAAUCUGAACAAAAAUGACUCGAAUCCAUACAAGGACAAACAGUUUCUACACAAAAUUAUUGAACGGGUUCUACACCACAUACGACUUAAAAGAAACGAUAUAGAAGAGAUCCUAGAUGCAGAUCUAGACUACUUUAGGAACGAUCUGAACAAGGUGAACUCCUUUUCUGUCAGAUCUGCUGCUACCUAUUUUUUGAAAACACUCUGUGAUAACUACUUCGACGCUUGUUUUCCCAUGUUGGAGGUUAGGAUUUUCUCAAGGGAUUCUCUCAUGUUCUUCAACCAUUCUUCUACUUCGUCUGGUGACAGAGUCGAUGGAGUAGGGGCAGGUGUCUCUACAGGCGUUUGCAACGCAACCACGCAGAUGCAGAACCAUUCAGGAGAUCUCCACCAUGGAGGAAUUGAUAAAAAUGACCCUUUCUAUGAGGCCUGCAAUUUAGAGUACAAAAUACAACUAAUCACCUGUCUUGGUCAGGUAAAUUUGGCACAAAAUUUUUAUGAACAAAACGUACAGCACAUUCUUAAGGAAUUCGUUAUGACAGCAAAGAUGAAAUAUCCAGAUGUGGAUUCCCUCUGUUACGGUAUUCACGAUUAUGACUUUUCGAGCCGAUCAGGAACCAACUCCAUCGGCGCAAGUGGACACGUAAAUGCAUGCACAAGUCAGAAUAAAUCUGUUUGGUUAUCCAACGAAGAUCUGUUUAGUAAAAACAACACCAUCUACCUUUUGUCCAUUCUAAAAUUUAUUCUGAAUAACAGAACCAUCUGUAUCACUUCUAACAACGCCUUAGAUAUCUUUACCUUUUUACAUCAUCUGCUCUUCACGGACAAGGUAAUGAUCUAUUGCUACGCUUGUCUUUGCAUGAAUCGAAUUCUAAAUCAACAAAUUAGUGCUGACAUCGUGCAGGUUAUUUUCAACAAUUCUUUAUCCAAAACAUUAACAAGGUUGUUGUUCCUUCUCAAGUAUCACGUCCAUGUGAAAAUCCUAAAUGAAUAUAUCCUCAUCACAAUUAUGAGGAUAUUUCUUCUAUGCCCAGAAAAGCUAACCAAUUUAUAUGUUCCUUUACUGCUGAUCCUAGACAACACGAUAAAAAUAAUUAUAAAUGAAUCACACAACCCGUUGUUUAAUCAUUACCUCUUUGAGCUAUUGACACUUAUCAUCUCCUUAAUAUACAAAUCUGAAAAUACCAAUGGCAUUAACCAAGUGGAAGAAGUGGUCAUUUCAACCUUCUCCGAAAUAUUACAAAUGUAUGUACACGACUUCAUACCUUAUAUUUUUCAGAUCCUUUCGAUUAUUGUAGACAACACAUAUACAGUCCAGAAAAUUCACCUAAAAAUAUUAAGCAAUCUGUAUGAAAUGGAUCUGUGGAAAAGUACCGUUGGAAAUGUCAAUGGAAUCAUAUGUGUCUUGCGUAGCUUUUUUAAAAAACACCAACUUUUUCAGGAUAUCAUCAAAAACAACAUGCAGCAACUUUUCAACAUUUACCAUUACUGUUUAUCUAACAAGAAACUCUCCACCGAUUCCUUUCAAAUAAUACUCAUUAUCUUUACAUACCUCCCUGUGGAAAAUUAUAAGACUUUCCUGAAGCCUCUCUUUGUCUUACUAUUUACUUUUCUCCAGCAAUAUAAGAAUGACAUUAUUAAAAUUAAGGUUGUUCAUGCGUUGUCUGUGUUGGUUCUGAAGACAGACGUUUCUCUCUUCGUCGACACGGUAGAACAGAUACACGCGGGCCUCAUCUUCAACGUACUGAAGAACCUUUACAUGCCAAUCCUUGACAAGCUAAUCAAUGUCAACGAGAAAAUCAUUAUCUUCCUAGCCCUAACUAAAAUCAUGAGCAACGAUAAAAUCCGAGGCGAGCCCUUUGUCGUGGAUAUGCUCAGUCUACUGAACCAAAAUAUCACCAACAACGAACUCGUUUUGAAGAAAACCAAGGUGCACCAUCAGGAAGUUCAGAAGGAUGAGCUGGACAAGAAUUUCGAGGUUACCUAUGUUAAGCUACAAAUGAUCAACAAUGAUAAUAUCAACGAGACGGUCCUGCGCGACAUCAACAUCAACAUGGAGCUCAAGCAGAACCUAUACAACUCCGUGUUCAUGCAGAUCUGCCACACAAACGGAUUCAACAGCAUCCUUCAACUCUUUUCCAACUAA